UGCGGAGGAAAGAGGGAGCGCGCUCCGCCAGGCACUUGGGUCCAAAGAGGGAAACGGGCAGCCGCAGCAGCACCGGAGAAGGAGGAGGCGGAGGCGUCCGAGAAACAACUAUGGCAGACAUAAACCAUAUUAUGAAAUCCUCACAAACUGUGACAGAUGCAAAAAAAAUCCCUGGUUCUGAAGGGAAGAGCAUACCUAUUAGCAAAUCUGUGGACUCUGUGAUACCGGCAGAUGAGAGUUACAGAAUGGAUCACCCUGAAAUGGGAAUGUGUCUUUUAGUCAACAAUAAAAACUUCCAUCCAGCUACUGGGAUGGCAUAUCGAUCUGGUACAGAUGCAGAUGCUGCACAUGUUGUAGACACGUUCAGGACCUUGGGGUACACAGUCAAGCCUUAUAAUGAUCUUACAUGUAAGCAGAUUAUUGAAGUUUUGCAUAAUGCUGCCAAGGAUGAUCACAACAAGAGAAGCAGUUUUGUUUGUGUCUUAUUAAGCCAUGGAGAGGAUGGACUCAUCUAUGGUACAGAUGGUCCUCUGGAGCUAAAAAUGUUAACAAGUCUCUUCAGAGGAGACAGAUGCAAGUCCUUGGCAGGAAAGCCAAAGCUCUUCUUUAUUCAGGCUUGUAGAGGAACAGACCUUGAUUCUGGUAUUGAAACAGACAGUGGCACGGAUGAAAGCACAUGUCAGAAAAUACCUGUAGAAGCCGACUUCCUAUAUGCCUAUUCAACUGCUCCUGGCUACUACUCUUGGAGGAACUCAUCAGAUGGCUCCUGGUUUAUACAGUCACUGUGCGGGAUGCUGAAACAGCAUGCUACAAAACUUGAACUUAUGCAGAUUCUGACACGUGUAAAUCGCAAGGUUGCAGAAUUCAGUUCUUAUUCAAACAGACCAGACUUCCACGGAAAGAAGCAGAUCCCUUGUAUUGUGUCUAUGCUCACAAAAGAUUUUUAUUUUCCUCACUAGCUUCCUACACUGUGAUGUGAAAGCUAGCAGAAGAGCACUAGCGUUUUAUAUCAUUUUUAACUCUUGACCCGAUGUCCAGUCUCUAAUACAUAGGUUGUAUUGAAAUGUUAUGACCUAUGGAAUGGAUUACUACAAUCAAUAGAAUAGUGGGAUCACUUGCUAGUUCGGAAAUUCUAGUUUGGAAAAUGAAAAUAUAUGUAGAUUUGCAGUUAUGCUCUAACCUCCAUGCUAAAAUAGAUUGAAGGAAGAGAUCAACUAUUUCUGUCAAAAUAAAGUAUCAGUUACCGCAGACGGAAGAGCAAUAAAAGGUUACUUUUAGUUAACUUUGGUAACUGUUGCAGCCCAAUCUUGGGGUUAUUUAUGAAAGCAAACUGUUGAUAGAAAUGGUAUUUCCUCCCAAGUCAAUACCAUUAGAAUUGGAGAAAUUAAUGUCAUGACACAAGAGUGCAGUUUUUCAAUAUGGCGUAAGGACUAAACUAUUAUCUUUCAUAUACAAUCAUGUAGCACAAUCAAACUUGUGAGGUAGUUCUUCAGCCUUUUAGAAAUGGCUAUAUGAAAUGCUUUUUGAGCCUUUUCAAAGCUUUUUGACCACUAUAGAAUACCUUAAUUUUUUUUUGUUU